AUUACAUUUGAAUUUGAUGCUGGUAUCACCUAAUUUGGUCACGUGACCCACUUAUCAUCUUUCCGAAUCCCAUAGACAAUCCUUCAUCGACUUCUUUGGUUUAUAGCCACGAGGUUUUUAGCUAUAUUUCAAUUUAUUAGUGAAAUAAUAAAAAUACGCUUCGUUUUCUUUGAACAAAAUGCCACCCAGUAAUCCUUUGCCGCCCAAAGAAAAUGCGCUAUUCAAAAGAAUUUUGCGUUGCUAUGAACAUAAACAAUAUAAAAAUGGUUUGAAAUUUGCCAAGCAAAUCCUCUCCAACCCAAAAUUCGCAGAACAUGGAGAGACCCUGGCAAUGAAAGGUUUGACUCUAAACUGCCUGGGACGCAAAGAUGAAGCGUACGAAUACGUGCGCCGAGGCCUUCGCAAUGAUCUCAAGUCCCCAGUGUGUUGGCAUGUCUACGGCCUCCUGCAGCGGUCUGAUAAGAAAUAUGAUGAGGCAAUCAAAUGUUACCGGAAUGCUCUUAAAUGGGAAAAGGAGAAUAUACAGAUUCUUCGGGAUUUAUCCCUUCUCCAGAUCCAGAUGAGAGAUUUAGAAGGAUACAAGGACACCCGGUACCAGCUGUUCAUGCUCCGACCAACACAGAGGGCUUCCUGGAUAGGUUUCGCAAUGAGCUAUCACCUGCUCGGAGACUACGAGAUGGCCAACAGCAUUCUCGACGCCUUCCGUACAAACCAAAUGAAAGGACCAUAUGACUAUGAACAUUCAGAACUGCUUUUGUACCAAAACAUGGUUCUUGCGGAAUCUGGACAGUUUGACAGGGCACUGUCACAUCUACACAAGUUCCAGACGCAGAUACUUGAUAAAUUAUCAGUGAAAGAAACGAGUGGGGAAUAUUAUCUGAAGUUGAAGAGAUUUAAAGAGGCGGAGGCAGUUUAUGAAGACUUACUAAAGCGGAACCCUGAAAAUGUGAUGUAUUACCAGAAACUUAUAGAAGCUAAACAACUUAGUGAUCCUGAUGAAAAAGUGGCCUUCUUCGAUGUAUAUAAGAAAGAGUAUCCCAAAGCAAUAGCGCCCCGGCGGCUGCAGCUGUCGGAAGCGGGUUCGGCGGCCGUGUUCGCCAGGCUGGUGGACGAGUACCUGCGUCACGGCCUGCACAAGGGCAUCCCGCCGCUCUUCGUCGACAUUAGAUCGUUAUACGCAGACAAAAGCAAAGCCGAGACGAUAGAAAACCUAGUACUGCAAUACAUAGAGAAUUUAUCCAAAACCGGCACAUUCAGUUCCGACCCGAGCGAAGCGAAACAGCCGGCUAGCGCUCUUCUAUGGGCGUACUACUACGCCGCUCAACACUUUGAUUAUAAGAAGGAUACGGACCGGGCUUUGAAGUAUAUCGACGCCGCGAUAGAACACACACCCACGUUGAUCGAACUGUUUAUUGUUAAAGGAAGGAUAUAUAAGCACGCCGGCGACCCGGUGUCGGCGUACCAGUGGCUGGAGGAGGCGCAGGCCAUGGACACGGCGGACCGCUACGUGAACAGCAAGUGCGCGCGCUACAUGCUGCGCGCCGGGCACGUGGCGCGCGCAGAGGAGAUGUGCGCCAAGUUCACCAGAGAAGGUGUACCAGCCACAGAAAACCUGAACGAAAUGCAGUGUAUGUGGUUCCAAACUGAAGCCGCGGCGGCCUACCAGCGCGCCAGGCAGUGGGGCGAGGCGCUCAAGAAGGCACAUGAAGUGGACAGGCACUUCUCGGAAAUAAUGGAGGACCAAUUCGACUUCCACUCGUACUGCAUGCGGAAGAUGACGCUCCGCUCGUACGUGGGCCUACUGCGGCUCGAGGAUGUGCUGCGCGCGCAUCCCUUCUACUUCCGCGCCGCGCGCGCAGCCAUAUCCGUGUAUCUGCGGCUUUACCAGUGCCCGCUGCAGGACAACGUGCAGCCACAGGAACCAGACACAGAGAAUCUCGCGCCGUCCGAACUGAAGAAGCUGAGGAAUAAACAGAGGAAAGCGAAGCGUAAAGCCGAACAGGAAAGCAUGCUGGCGGCACAAGUACAGGUGAAAAGAGAGCAGCACCACAAGGCGCGGCAGCAGCAGGAGCAGGGCGACCCGGAGGCUCCGCAACUAGACGAACUCAUCCCCGACAAAUUGGCUAGGGCUGAGGAUCCUCUAGAGCAGGCGAUUAAGUUCCUGCUGCCGCUGCGGACGCUCGCCGCCGAUAGGAUAGACACAUAUUUAAUGGCCUUCGAAAUAUACUUUAGGAAAGAGAAACCCCUCCUAAUGCUGCAGAGCAUAAAGCGCGCGUGGCGGCUGGAGCCCGGCCACCACCACCUGCACGACUGCCUGGUGCGCUUCCGCGGCUGGCUCGACCAGAACCAGCUGCCGGCCGCCGUCGCCGAGGUCGUCAACAAGGAGACGCAGGAGUCGAUGCGGGGUCGCAGCGCUAUGCAGAUGGCGGAAGAGUUUUUCUCGGGUCCCGCGCUGUGGUCGCAGGCGGCCGCGCUGUGGGGCGCGCGCGCGCUGUGCCGCCUGGAGCCCGCGCGCACCGCGCAGGCCAGGGCGCAAGCCACCCGCCUCGACCAUCCCGACCUCUCCAUACAGGGUUGCGUGGAAGUCCUGGAGAGCCUCCGGGAAGGCGACUUCGGUUCGUGUCCCGCCGAGACGGAGGCCUACAUGUCCGCGUGCUCGGCCCGCUUCCCGCACGCCAUCGCCUUCAAGCCGCCGCAGCCCGAGGAACCCAUCCACCAGGCCGACGCCAGAGCGCCCAAGGAACAGAACAACUGAGGUCACUACGUUCAGCUAGGUCUACAAGCGUAAACAUGGCUCC